AUGAAGCCGCUGGAGAAAUUCUUGAAGAAGCAGACGUCGCAGCUGGCGGGGCGGACGGUGGCGGGAGGUCCCGGUGGGGGUCCGGGGUGCUGCGGAGGGCCAGGAGGGGCUGGGGGACCCGGCGGGGGCAGCGGUCCAGCCGGGGGAGCGCGGCCGCUGCAGCGGCGUCAGAGCGUGUCUCGUCUGCUGCUCCCGGCUUUCCUCCGGGAGACCCCCGCCGAGCCGGGGCUGGAGCCGCCCCCCGAGGAGGACGGGGCAGAGCCGGUAGGGGUGCCGGAGGAUCCGGGCAACCGGGGACCCUGUUGGCUGCAGCUAGACGAGGUGCCCGGGCCAGGGUCGCUCGGGUGCGGAGGACCCCUGCGCUCGCCUUCCUCGUACUCCUCGGACGAGCUGUCCCCAGGCGAGCCCUUGACUUCACCACCCUGGGCUCCCCUGGGCGCCCCCGAGCGGCCGGAGCAUCUUCUGAACCGGGUUCUGGAGCGCCUAGCCGGAGGGGCCACCAGGGACAGCAGCGCCUCAGAUAUUCUGCUGGAUGACAUUGUCCUCACCCAUUCCCUCUUCCUGCCGACGGAGAAAUUUCUACAGGAGUUACAUCAGUACUUUGUUCAGGCAAAGGGCCUGGAAGGCCCUGAGGGGUCGGGCCGCAAGCAGGCCUGUCUAGCUAUGCUCCUCCAUUUCUUGGAUACCUACCAGGGGCUACUGCAAGAGGAAGAGGGAGCUGGCCACAUUAUCAAGGAACUGUACCUGCUAAUUAUGAAGGAUGAGUCCCUUUACCAAGACCUCCGAGAGGACACACUCAGGCUGCACCAGCUGGUGGAGACGGCAGAGCUAAAGAUUCCAGAGGAGAGCCAGCCACCCAGCAAGCAGGUUAAGCCCCUCUUCCGCCACUUCCGCCGGAUAGAUUCCUGUCUGCAGACCCGAGUGGCCUUCCGGGGAUCAGAUGAGAUCUUCUGCCGGGUCUACAUGCCUGACCACUCUUACGUGACCAUACGCAGCCGCCUCUCAGCAUCUGUGCAGGACAUUUUGGGCUCUGUGACAGAGAAGCUGCAGUACUCCGAGGAGCCUGCGGGGCGGGAGGACUCCCUCAUCCUGGUGGCUGUGGCCUCCUCAGGAGAGAAGGUCCUUCUGCAGCCAACAGAGGACUGUGUUUUUACCACACUGGGCAUCAACAGCCACCUGUUUGCCUGUACCCGGGACAGCUAUGAGGCUUUGGUGCCCCUUCCUGAGGAGAUCCAGGUCUCUCCUGGAGACACAGAGAUCCACCGAGUAGAACCCGAGGAUGUUGCCAACCACCUCACCGCCUUCCACUGGGAGCUGUUCAGAUGCGUGCAUGAGCUGGAGUUCGUAGACUACGUGUUCCACGGAGAGCGCGGUCGCCGGGAGACGGCCAACCUGGAGCUGCUGCUGCAGCGCUGCAGCGAGGUCACCCACUGGGUGGCCACCGAGGUGCUGCUCUGUGAGGCUCCGGGCAAGCGCGCGCAGCUGCUCAAGAAAUUCAUCAAGAUCGCGGCCAUAUGCAAGCAGAACCAGGACCUCUUGUCCUUCUACGCUGUGGUCAUGGGGCUGGAUAACGCUGCCGUCAGUCGCCUGCGGCUCACCUGGGAGAAGCUGCCAGGGAAAUUCAAGAACUUGUUCCGCAAAUUCGAGAACCUGACGGACCCCUGCAGGAACCAUAAAAGCUACCGAGAAGUGAUUUCCAAAAUGAAGCCCCCUGUGAUUCCUUUCGUGCCUCUCAUCCUCAAAGACCUGACCUUCCUGCAUGAGGGGAGUAAGACCCUUGUGGAUGGUUUGGUGAACAUUGAGAAGCUGCAUUCAGUGGCAGAGAAAGUGAGGACAAUUCGCAAAUACCGGAGCCGACCCCUCUGCCUGGACAUGGAGGCUUCGCCCCAUCACCUGCAGACCAAGGCCUAUGUGCGCCAAUUCCAGGUCAUCGACAACCAGAAUCUCCUCUUUGAACUCUCCUAUAAGUUGGAGGCGAACAGUCAGUGACAGCGGAGGGGCCCGGCCGCCCCCACUAGGGUCCUUGGCACCUGGCACUCAAGCACUUUGCACAAUACUCUGACCAACCCACGUCGGAUACCUGCUCCCUGGAGCAAGUUCCGGCCCAGAGGGACGCGCUGCGUAGGGCUACAGGGAUGCCUCAGCCGGCUUAUCCUGCCCAAGUCCUCUUGCUGCGCUCAAGCCCAAACCACCCUUUGCUGGUUCCUGCCCUCUCCGCGAAAGAGGACAGACAGUCUCAGUGCCUCACCACCCACUGAGGCCGGCUCCCAAGUAGGAAGAAAGUGCUCCCCUUUCCCUGCUCGGCUCAGAAUUGCAUCCUGAGGGGGAGAGAAGGACACCCUUCUUUUCUGCCACCUGUCCAGCUUCCUCCAUCAGGACUGAAUGUAUAACGUGUGUGUGUGUGUGUCUGUCUGUCUGUCUGUCUCCUUUUAGGGAGCAAGAGCACAUCUGACAAUGGAGGGGCAGCUAGCAUGAGUGUUGUGGAGAGGACUCUUCUGUUUGGCGCUACCCUUGUCUGCUCUGUUCCCCGACACUCCCUGUUCAGCUUCCUGCUGCCCUGCACACCUAGACUUGUGGGGGCCAACCUGCAGCCUAGGGCAGACAGCAGCAGCAGGCAGGAGGGGUACUCCUCAGCUCCUGCAAGCAGCCCCCAUCCUACCCUCCCCAAGACCCUUGGGUUGGCUCCAGUGAGAGGCUAAAAGAUGCUCAGGGAAGAACAGGCCUAAGCUGCCUAAGGGACCCUCCCCCUCUGCCUCGUACUGGGUGAAGCACAGCGGUAUCGGGGAGCUAGGGGUGUCUGCUCCCCACACUCCUGAGGGGGAGUUGUCAUCCGUCUGACUCUGUGUGACAUCAACCACACCGCGUCCCUCUCCCUGUCUCGACGCCCCUUUGUCCUCCUGUAGAGCCUGGGCCACAUAGAUCUCUACCUAGAGCAGGCAGGGGGACCGCAGGGGCUGUGAAGAUGAAACUGGACUUUGGCCUUUUAUUACCUCUCGGUCGCCCAUCCCCCUCCCAUACUGGGCUCAAGGGCUGAGGGGUGCUGAGGCUCCCGGAGCAGCCUCCCUCUCCUCCUGGCACCUCUUUCCCUUCUGACGGAAGCAGUGAGGGGCUGAAGCGGCAAACUCAGCUGCUGCUCCCCAUCGGCUCGGGGAGUGUAUAUAGAUGUGUUUUUUUU